AUGUCGAGAUAUAUCUCGCCUAGUCUGGCGAAUGUGGAAUGUCGAAGCGGAUACGGAAUCUGGGUACUGAUUUGGGGGCUUAACUUUGAUCUUCUCCUAUAUCAAUCACUAACCGAAAUAUCUGCAAGAAAGUGUAUCCUCAUACAGGUCUCCAUCAGCAAAUGGUUCUUCAUUAAUGGCAUCCUUGUUCCAGGUAAUAGCCCAUUAGUUAGUUACUCGUGGAGCGCGCCUUAUAUUGAGCGCUAUCGAGUUCGCCCGGGCGGAACUCUGAUGAAGUCCAGCGAACCCAAUUGGGGCCCCUGGGAACUGGAGGAUUUGGCAGAUGACCCUAAUCAGGACUUUAUCUAA